GUUCUUCCCGAACCAUCGAGGGGCUCCUGGUGUUUGAUGUGAAUUUGGUGCCAUGACAUGUAUGACAUGUAAGAAAUGUCAUCAAUGACUAAAGGUGCCUUUUUUGUGUAUACAUUGGAGUUUUACAACAAGGUCCAGAGUAAGACAUAUGAAGCUGCUUGUUCAAAGACCUGUUCAUUACCUUAACCUAAUGCAGAACUUUUACUCAUAGUUUACUUAAGCAUUUAGAAAGUUUCGAAUUUGUGUUUUUACCUGAGUAAAGCAUCUAAAUACCUAUUCCACCACUGUUAUACAUUCUGAAUACUCGUAUUUAUAAACGGGAUCAAUCGGGGUCAAGGCUCUCUGGUGCAGUUGCACGCAGUGACCGGCAGGCGUCACUGUAAACCUGUCAACGAAUCAGGGAGCGAGGGGUUGGGCAUGACGUCAUUAUUGGGGUAUUUUCAAGAUGGCGCAGGACUGUGGCCGGGAUGCCGCUGCUGCAGCCAGCUAAAAAACGGUUAGGGGAUUUAAUUAAUCUUCUGUCCGGCGACGACGCUUAAAUUCUCAAGACGGAAGCUAUUUUUUAAGACGUCAGCCAUCAACAUGUUCCGGCCGGUGAAUCUCAGGUGAUGUUGAAGGAUAAAAUGAUAGCCCCUUCUUCGAAGAAUAACAAAACCUGCUGCUGCUGCUGCGGAGCCGGGCCGACCGGACAGGGGUACUCGCUGCGGGAUCUUACGCCCGGGGUCGAGGCUUCCUCGACGGAUUGAGUGCUCAUGGAAACCACGAAGGAGAACCGAGGGUCGCUCGUUGUCGACUUGAACGAGAACGAAGAAGAAGGCGGAGAAACGGGCGGCGAGGGACUGGCGGCUCAAAAGCCCUACGGUGCGUUCAAAGACCGCAGCACGGCGCUGCCAGCCGGUGUCAGCGGGGGUCGGGAAGCUGGGAAGGGUCAUGUUUACGUGACCGGUAACGAGAGGAAUGUAAACAGGGACGCCUCGGUGCAGUCGCCCACGCGCGAGAGGGAGAUUAUGUUGGAUUUAGAGGAGUGCCUCCCCGACCAGGUGGCUGGCAGCUGUGUGGUGUCGGCGGUUUGCGGCGACCUGAACGGAUUCACCGAAUCAUUCGGCCUGGAGGAGCUGACGAUGGUCGAAGAAGAAGAAAAAGAAGGUGGAGGAGGAGGAGGGAGCCUCGGCCUCGCGGGGACCACAGGCGCUUCCUGUCCAGCUGUGCUCGGGGCUCGGGUUUCAGUGGACGCGGGCCGAGAGAUGCGACAACCGCCUGUGGGGGAGAGCGAAGGGGAAACCCCGGACUCCGACGACGUCACCUCGGGAGAAGAGGCGAGCGGCGGCGGCUGCAUCAGGACUUUCCUCUCCCUCGAUCGACUGCCAUGCUCGGGGAAGCACCAGCGGAACUGCGCAUGCGCCGCCGCUGCGGCUCCACACCGACCAGAUGUAAAGAUGCCCAACGGGGAUGCUGACGGUACCGACACGGACGUGGCGUACUGUAAACGGCCUCCCGGCCCGCUGGUUCUGGGCCCGAGGCUCGGUUCAUGCGAUGUGGACUUCGAGGAAGGGAAAGUUGUAAACGGUGGUUUGCACAUUGUGACCACCGCCAGGGUGACAUGUGACUGGUCCGACUCGGACUGUUCCCCGGACACCGACAUUCCCUUCGACCUCGGGGCAAGGCCGGAAAACGGAGCCGGGUCAGGGUUUUGUCCCGGAAGCCAAAGCGACCACAGCGGGACAUCGGUCUCUCAGUGCCCGGAGGAGAAUCCUUCAGAGCCCCCUCAGUUCCUCAACCCAGCCACGGACUCCCCCACCCUGGGAUCAAGUGCCAAAACCCCCUCGCCCUGCCCAUCAACCCUCUCUGAGCCCACCAUCGAGGAGGACGAGGGGGGGUUCAGUGAGCCCCCUCUGCCCGUCAGGCCGCAGACAUUGAGGACUAACUCCAACAUGGUGUUGUCCCUCAGUCUCGACGCCACCCCGUUGUCCCCCGACGACAAGGGGGGGUUUUACUAUGGAGAUGAGGGGUACGAGCAGGACAUCCGGAGCGCGUUGGAAGCGGGUCGCCGGCAGAGCGCCCCAGAUCAGCUGCCGGAUCUCAGCAACCAGGAGGACGGCUCGGACCCCCAGCUGAUGCCAAAGAGGUUCGGCAUAGCUGAUUUCUUCACCAGGAGCCUGUUUUCUAGGAAAUCCAAAGAGCCAAAGGCGUUGUCCCAUAAUGCAACGGGGUGGCGACUGUUUGGCAAGACGGCACUUAGGGAAGAGCCGACUACAGACCCCGACUCCACCUUGUCCACACAGCAGAGGCCACAGGAAGAGGGGAAGCAGGACUUGGACGAGUCCUCGCGUGCUCGGCUUCCCUCGGCUGCCGGGAGAAGGAAGAACCUGGAGUUUGAGCCUCUUUCCACCACAGCGCUCAUCCUGGAGGACCGACCAGCGAACCUACCAGCCAAAUCCCUGGAGGAAACUCAGAGACACAAAAUGGAGUACGACGAGAUGGUCGCAGGAGCCAAGCGGAGAGAGAUUAAGGAAGCCCAGAGGAAGAAGCGUCAGAUGAAGGAGAGGCACAGACAGGAGGACAUCAUCUCAAACGCCAUGGUUGUCUGGAACAACGAGAUUCUGCCGCACUGGGACACUGUGAAGGGAACGAGGCGGGUGAGAGAGCUCUGGUGGCAGGGACUUCCUCCCAGUGUCAGAGGACGAGUGUGGAGCCUCGCCAUUGGCAACGAGCUCAACAUUACACCAGAGCUGUAUGAGAUCUUCCUGUCCAGAGCCAAAGAGAAGUGGAGGAGUUACAGCGAAACCAGUUCAGUCAACGACAGUGAGAGUGACGGAGGGGCGUCUCUGGCCGACAGAGAGUCCAGUCUGGACCUCAUCAAACUGGACAUUUCCAGAACCUUCCCCUCUCUCUUCAUUUUUCAAAAGGGUGGUCCCUACCAUGACCUCCUCCACAGUGUACUGGGGGCUUACACCUGUUACAGACCUGACAUUGGCUAUGUCCAGGGAAUGUCCUUUAUUGCUGCCGUGCUGAUCCUCAACCUGGAGGAGGCGGAAGCCUUCAUCACCUUCGCCAACCUGCUCAAUAAACCCUGUCAGAUGGCCUUCUUCAGAGUGGACCACGAACUGAUGUUGAAGUAUUUUGCAGCCUUUGAGGUUUUCUUUGAGGAGAAUCUUCCUCGUCUCUUCAGCCACUUCCAAACCAACAACCUGACCCCCGACCUCUAUUUGAUCGACUGGAUCUUCACUCUGUACAGUAAGUCCCUCCCACUGGACGUAGCGUGCCGGGUGUGGGACGUCUUCUGUCGGGACGGGGAGGAGAGCUUGUUUCGGACGGGGCUCGGUAUCCUGCGACUGUUCGAGGAAGUCCUGCUCCAGAUGGACUUCAUUCACAUCGCCCAGUUCCUGACCCGCCUGCCCGAGGACCUGCAGGCGCACACACUCUUCACCGCCAUGACCAACACACACAUGAUGAGCAGGAGCCGGCGCUGGGCUCAGGUGUUUUCUGCACUGAUGAAGGAUGUAAAUAAAGAGAUGGACAAAAACUCCAGCCCGUCUCUGAGAAGCUAACACUAGCCACCCUCGACGCUAACGCCACCUUUCUCCAAACUAAUCUGCAAAAUGUAAACUGUGAAGGUUGAAGCCCCCCCCCCCCCCCCCCCCCCCCGACCGGUCCCUGAACUCGCCACGGCUAACAUCCGGGCGAGGUCAGCGGUGAAGCUUGAAGCUACGUAGCUCGAAGCUCAACUUUCCCUCCAGAGGCGUCGCGACGGAGCUUGAAGCGAACACGGGGCCGGCCGUGGAGGUGGGAGCCGAGGUCAACGAUUUAGUGCCAGAGACGAGCCGCAGGGGAAGGAGGAGGAAGAAGAAGAAGAAGAAGCGGAAGAAGAAGAAGUGUUGGAACCACAGUGGUUGGUUCAGUCUAAACUCCAGCAGCCAGUGUCAGUAUUUUUUUGCCAGACAGAUUUCGGAGAAGCGACUGUCACCGAUCUACCUGCCGACAGAGGCGGGAAAAUUAAAACCGACUUUCCGAUGAUAUUCUGUGUUAUUUCCCCCGCCGCCUGGAAGGGAGCGCUCACUCGCCGGUGGAAGUUCUGCAUCCGUGUUGGGUCACAAACACCACUAACGGGGAGAGCAUUGCACCCCUUGUGUAAUCCUCCCCCCCCCUGAAAAAAAGGCUGAAAUUCUCAUUUUUGGUUCUAAUGGUUUUCUAAAGGCUUAAAAAAUGACUUCUGUGUUUUGAUUAUCAUUGUAAGCUUUUGGUUUCACACUAUUAUUGGUUUGCAAUUUUGUUGUUGUUGCUUGAACUCUGGAUCUUAAAAAACUCUUCUGCAGUAGCAUGGCUGAUGCUGAUAUACCCGCCUCCCAAUGUAUUAUCCUAGCUUCUGUAGGCAGAACGUGAAUAUGGGAAGAAACUAAAAAACUCUAGGGAAAUGGAAAUAUGUUGUACAAUGCAGAACGACACGUUUCAAAAUAUUACAAUGUAGUCUUUCUGAUAUUUAUUAAAAAAUCCAAUAAUACACAUUAGUUAUUUUAAUCAAGUGCAAGCGGAUUAAAUAUGGAUUGUUUUCCCGGAAAUGAAUUAUUCAAUGGUCCACUGGGCUCAAACAAGUAUUUUUUGACAUUUGUUCAAUAUUUUGAACUGUCAUCCUUAAUAUAAAAUGAAAAAUAAGUAUAUCGGGAACACGUUCAAGGAUUUCAGACGUAUUUAUUGACAUGAUUUCAUUCAUGAAAUGUGGAUGCAGAUCCUUCUGGAGCUAAAAAGACAGAAGUGUCGGCUUUCUAAUGUUUUUUUGGGCCGACGUCGUCCAUAAGAACCAUAAACGUCGGGACUUCGCAGAUUAAAAAGCCUUGUUUCAAGGAUCCGGGUUCAUCCGAGCACUUUAAACACGCAGCGCAGGACGAGCUCGGAGGAAACGGGCGGGGCAUCAAGCGCCUCGUCGUUUUCAGCUUGAGACGCUUUUUAGACUUUGCGGCGGAUUGAAAGUUAAUGUCUUAUUUCUCUUUAAGAAAACACACCUGCGUGUUGCAUCACUUUCAAGUGAGACGCUUUUGUAUUUUUACAUGAUUGCGUGGGAGAUGCUUAAUUUUUUUAAACAUCAUCUUCAGAUUUGCCUCCAGACCCAUCGAGUUGAAUGAUUAUCCCGUUCAUCAAUCAGUCGAUCGGCGGCGACUGAUGAUUCAUGAAGACGGACGCUCUCUGAAUCCAGCUUCUUAAAUGUGACAUUUCCCCCGCUUUUUUUCUUUUUAUAUGAUUGAAAAUCCAAUGUUGGACCAUUGCACAAAAGAAGACAUCUCCAGGACAUUGCUUUGAUAGAUUAGAAAACAAUUACAGCUGCAACUAACACGAGUGGGUUUGUCAAUUAUGCUGCUGAUUAUUAAUCUUUUGCUUUAAGUAAUCGAAAGAGGAAAAAAAAGUAUAAAGUAAUAUCUUCAAAUUACGUAUUUGUUCCAUCAAUCAGCUGAAACUCCAAAACAUUCAGUUUGAUAUAGAAGUCAAAAAAUCUAAUAAAUAUUCUGAUUUGACAUGUUGGAAUCAACAAAGUUUUGGCCUUUUUUAGAGCUGAAACGAUAAAUAUAUUAACAGAAAAUUAACCCAAUAAUUGAGAAAAUAAUCUGCAGAUGAAUUGAUAUAAAAGUAAUGAGUUACAACCCUCUAAAGGAGCAAGACGCAUAAAGCAAGUUAACACGUGCUCUACUAAUAAUGACCACAGCAACCGCAAUGGAGGUGUCUUCCCGUUCUCGAUCGCAUUGAUUUAAUCUGGAUUAUAAUCUCAGUCUCUGGCCUUUUGAAGUGCUUUACGUCACCUCCGCAUCUGUUUUUGACACCCGCGCACACACACGCGCACACACACCGCUACUGAUGACAAAUACUUUACACUUACCAGCACAUGAGCCGGCCUUAAAGAUGUUUUCUCCACGUCGACCAGCUUUUAUCGGUUGUUGAAGCAGAAUACUCACUGGAGACCAGGAGGAGGAGGAGGACACCACAAUUUAAAGUUUGAAAAUAAAUGUUAAGUUAUUGUUGCUACUUUGUCUUUCAGUCCUUCCUCCUCAUAUUUCAAUCAAACAAGAACAAUAAGUAGCGAUAAAAUGGAAAUGAUCUGAAGUUAACAUAUUUACAGAUUUAUGAAGACUAAAACAAGAAAGGGUUUUUAUUUGAGUCUCUCCCCGACCUCCAGGUUGCAUCGUGUCCGGUGAGUUUUCUGCAUCCGACCAGUGUUUCACACAAACGAGUCCACAGCGAAGGGUUUGUUGUUGUACACCAACCAAUCAGAAGCCAGUUUUCAUGGGUCCCAGCUGGUAUUGGUGUUGUUUGAAUGAAAUGCCCAAAAGCUGUGUUCAUCCAAUCCUGUAGUCUAGAUUCAGCGGAGGGGAUUUCUAUUUCUAUUUUUUCUUCAAGGUUUGAAAACUACAUAAACUUCAGCACAUUCUCAUUUCCUUUACACUAAGACAUAUAACCUCUCAUUUGUGUUGUGUGUUUUUCUCAUAAUUUGACCAAAGUGUUCAUCAAGCUCUUCACAAUAUUAGAAUUGAGCCCCAAUAUGAAUUACCUUUACACAGUCGGUAAUAGAGGCGUUGGAAGCUGCCUGACUUCAUACAGUUAAACAUGUGUAUUAAAUGUGUAAUAAAUACGUAAUAAACACAUGCAUGGCUAAAAAGUUAAGACGAAAAGCAGCACUUUUCACUCGGUUAUAAACGACCCGUUCCCAGUUACAACUUUUCAAGAAAAACUCUUAAAACGCCUCCGAUGAAUCAGAGAAGGCAAAAAACAACAAUAAGCACUUUGUGAGCAUGAUUUUAUUUGUAUUUUUUAAACUGGUACACUAAUAACACCGAGAGCAAUUAAGAUCAAUGAGGAAUUUGCAGUAAAAUGUCGGUUUAAAGGUAAUAAAUUCCCACUCAUGAACAGGUUUCUAUAAAUCCCCCUUAAAUCUAACGAGACCAGUGUGUUCAUAUAUUUCCAACAUGUGUGUGAUCUUUGGGGAUCUUUUGAUCUGUUUUCAUUGUGUGCCAACAGCCUUGUUUAUCAUAGAGCUCGAUGGAUUUUUCCCAGUUUUCAGUUUGUCUCAUGGAUCCUGAGAUGGUUUAAAAAUGUUCCAAAAAUAUUUCUUAACCCUUUCAAAUGUAACUUAAAAACGGCCAAAAUUGGAGUUGAGUGUUUCCUGGACAACAAUGAUAUUAAUUCACCACCAAAGAAUCUUUAACCUCUUAACAUUAUUAAUCCUAAUAAAUGAUGUAUUUGAAUUGGUUUUGGACAAAAAAAUGUGUGUUUAAUGUUUAAAAUCGCAAACUGUAAAACAUGAAGUUGAAAAACACAAAUUUCUCUGAUGGCAACAUGAUUUAUUCAUUUCAAUGUUCUGUUUCGGAUUGAUCCCGUCAAUCUUUAAAGUUUUGUUCCAGUAUUGAUAUGUAAUUAAUACGUACUAAAUCAUUUCUCAGUAUCCAUGCUCACUUCUGAUCAUUCUGAUUGGACGAACUGAAACACAUGACAGCUGCUGUCGGCAUUAUUAUAUUGUGUUGAGAAGUAAACGAUGUAGACUAGACACACACAUGUGUAGAUGUCUGUGUGCUUGUGCUAAUCUCAACUUUACACUCCUCAAAAAGUGCAAUACGUGUUUUUUUUUCCGGAAGAUGAAAUUCCAUAUACUCGGUUGUUCUCCUCUCACCUCACUCUAGAUUAUUAAUGAAAUCUUCAAACAGCUGCAAAAGGAAGAUGAGAUUAAUUCGAUAUUUUCCCUCAUGUGUUCUACGUACUCAUUUUAUUUAAAUUUCAUCUUCGCUCUUCGUUGUUUUUUUCUUUCUGUCGUGUAGAUUCAUUCAGCUUUUUUUCUGUUUGUUUAAUAUGUUUUUUAUUUGUUAUGUCGGUGUACAUUUGUUUUCAUAAUGCCUUACAGGUGAUGUAAAUAAUCUGUAAAAAAGUGUUCUUUCUUUUCAUAUAAUGGCCACUAGUUGAAUGUGUAAAUAAAUAUCUCAGCAAACUGA